AUGGUGUUUUUAGCAUCUGUCCUGGAAUCGUACGAAAGUCUGAUCACGGGUAAGGUUGGAAACCCGAAUAUGACGAAGGAAGAUUAUGACCAGAUCGAUCCAGAGGAGAUGGAGCUGAUAGACAUAAAAUGGUGCAUGGCUAGCGCUAUGAGGAGAGCACAAAGAUUUAUGGAAAUCACCGGAAGAUCAUGUUUAGGAACUGCUGAUACAAACUGGGAUUCGAUAAGUCGAAAGUUACUUGUUUCAAGUGCAAACAGGAAGGGCACUUUAAGAGAGAGUGCACAAACAGAGAAGUCGAGGGCUCAAGUAGUUAUUCAGGACGAUGAGGGUUAUGACUGGAGCAAGAGAGAUAAUGCUAGUUUUGAAAUCAGAAAGCUGUAUGCUCCUUUUAAGGAAGCACAAAAAGCAAAAAGAUGGGAUGCUGAGCGAGAAUGUUAUUUGGAUCCACAAGGUAAUCCAGUGGUUGAUCCUAGGAAGGUGGAUUUCGAUGCAGUGGCAAACAUAUUUCCAGAUCGUGACACGUUUCAUACAAGGAGAUUAUCUAAGAAAGAUUAUGAAGCUAACUUGUUUAAACGAUUAAAAGAAGUUUUUGAGGCAAGUUUACCAAAGGUGAUGGAGUUGAGAAAGAAGAAAGAAGAAGAGAUUGAGAAGCUCGUCGAAGAGGUGAAGAAAACAGCAAGGGAUGUUGAUGAAAAGAAUGAUGAGGAUCAGAAGUUGACAACAGAAGAAUCAAAUGUGCCAGAUGAAACUGAGGUAAAAAUUCUAACUGAAUCUUCUGAAUUAUUAAACAAUGAUCAAAAUGUUGAUAAAACUGAAGAUAAGUGCAGGAAUUGCAUAGAAAUGUGCAAAGCAUGUACUGAGAAAGACGAAAAAUUAAAAUCAAAAGAUAUUGAAUUAAAUAAAAUUGAAACUAUUUUCAAAAUAAAAUGCAAAGAAGUGAUUGAAAAUGAAGAAGUUUUGAAACAAAAGAUUGAAGAGCUGACACUGAAAUGUCAAGAUUUUGAAAAAGAAAAUGAGAUUUUAAGACAAAAGUGUUCGGCAAAAUGUGAAGAUUGUGUUCAAAAAGAUAAUAAUUUUCAAGAUUUACAAAAGGAAUACGAUAAAAUGAAAUGGUCAAGUCAUAGAGUACAAGAAGCUUAUGAUACUUUGAAGAAACAAGUCAAAUGUAUGGAUGAGAGGUUGUCUGAAAACUUAACAACAACAAGACUUAUGAGAAAAAGUUUGAAGAAAAGCAACAGGAGUUAA